AUGCCGGGAUACGUGGUCUACAGAAGUGACCAGGUAUCCCCCGCCGGGGUAGCCUAUAGGGGAUUGGCUGCCCUGGUCAAAAGGCAGGUUAUUCAUCAACCGCUACCAGCAGUUUCCCUCCGCUCAGCCUACGCUCUUGGCGUAGAGGUGUGCCUUGAUCGACGUCCUGUCCGAGUGUUUGCCUUUUAUAGGCCGCCGGGUGGCCGCCUGGAGGAGAGUGACAUCCACGCACUCCUAGACCAGGCAACCCCCACCAUCAUCGCAGGCGACUUUAAUUGCAAGCACACGGCAUGGAACUCGACACACGACGACGCCAACGGGCAAAAGCUUCUAAACGACGCGGAGAGGGAAGGGUAUGCAGUAAUGGGCCCAGAGGUCCCAACGCACUACCCCUACCAACAUACCGCCGCGCCUGACGUCAUCGACCUCACUCUAGUGCAGGGCCUGAACACAGACCCAUCGAUCGACGUACUAGAUGACCACGUGAUGUCGGAUCACCAACCGGUCCUGGUCACUAUCGAUCUGGCGCCGAUCCGGAGGGAAAUCCCGCCCCCGCGUCACAGACAGGACUGGCGCAUCUUCGCAGACCACCUGUCGAAGAACUUGCGGUCGUUUCGAGUGGACAGCCCCGACGAUGUGGACCGCCUUGCCCUCGAGCUCACCGAGUCUAUCACCCGGGCACUCGAGGCCUCGCGGCUAAGCACCACAUCGCACCGGAAACGACCGCAGUUGCCUGCCGGGAUACGUGACAUGAUAGAGGACAAAAGGAGGCUGCGUAGAUUAUACCAGCGCACCCGAUGCCCGACCAUCAAGUCCCAGCUCAAUGCUCUGGCGGAGAGAGUCUCAGCGGUGUUGGAGGACCACGCUGUAGACUCCUGGUACAAGACCAUCGAGCGAGCUGGAGAGGACUGGCGUCCGUCUGUAGCGAGUGAAUCUGGCGAGGUGUCUGAUAAACUGGGCGCUAGCGCCAUCCUCGGUACUACCCCACCUCUCACUAUGUACGUAGUGAGAGGAACCGAAGACCAAGGAACUGGAGCCAUCGCCCUGGGAGAUCUGCUUGAACUAAGGAUAGAAACUACUGCUGAUUCUGAAAUUGAGGCGUACCAUCUAGUAGCUUCUUCAAGACUUGGAGACAGUUCAGUGUUAUUGUUAGACAAUAACGGAUGCCCCACCGGACAGGUCGACUUCCCUUCAUUCACUCGUUCUCGUUCAGGAGUCACUCAGCGUCUCUACUCUCGGUUCAAGGCGUUCCGUUUCCCUACGUCUCACGUGGUCCGCUUCGCUGUGGUUGUACGAUUCUGUCAAGAUAAAUGUGCUCCGGUCAACUGUGAAAUGAUAGAUAAACUAAGAGAUGCAAGAGGCGCUAACGAGUCUUAUACAAAUGAUUCAGAAGUAGCGGCGAGCGUUAAGGAAGAGACCUCAUGGCCGGUAGUCGCGCAGGGAGGGCCGGUGAGAUGUAUAGGGGAAGGUCAGGGUGAAGUUAUGGGGAUGGAGAAAAGAGUACCCUUGGAACUGGAAUUAGUGGUCGGGGCGAGAGAUGUACUGUCAGCGGACACACUCGUGCGAGCCGACCAUAGAAGUUCUUUACCGGAGGAAGACGUCAGCAGUCCCCUGGUGUGUGUCCAUGAGUUAGUGUUGGUGUCGCUGAUGCUGGCGUGGCUCGCGGUACAAAUACUGCUGCUUCUGGGAUGCUGCGUCCUUGUUAAACGGUACAGAAACCUAGCAGAAAUGAAUAUGCAAAAGGACUACCAUUCGUUUGACAACAUUGGUUUUGACAACGUGUCAACACACAGACGGGUUCAUUGGCCGGAUCAAAACAUAGAUAUAAUACAUACAAAUUAA